CGGGGCUUAUAUAAGACCCAGAUUCCACAAACAGACGAGAUAGGGACCAGCAAAGAAUAACCAGAAGAUCGAGUGGUUCAACUGACUUCAUCAGACGUCAUAAUGAAGAAGAUUUUGUACAUCUUGGGCCUUUUGUUAGUGCUAGCAACACAUGAGGCAUAUGCAUUGGACUGUCAUAUGCGAGAAUUAGACUUAUGUGCCGCUACCCUACUUUUGUUUAACCAGGGGGAAAGCGUUGCCCAAUCAGAGUCGGAAUUGGAUACCCAAUGUCAAUACAUUCGUGAUGCCGAACUCUGUCUCCGAAACUACACCAAUAAUUGUAUGACUCCUAUCCAAAAGGAACUAAUUAAGUUCGUUGGUGAGGGUUCUGAAACACUGCUUUCAGAAUACUGUACUGCUGGCACCGAAAUCAGAAGUAGAUAUCUCCAGAACGCAGCCUGUCUCAAUGACGCCAACAAAGAAACCAGAACCUGUUUAGAAGAUCUCCAGGUGGCACUGCAAACUAUUAGUGAAGCUAAAUUUGAUAAACGCGUACCAACUGCUUGUUGUGGUUAUCAGCGUUAUAUGGCGUGUGUUCGUGAAAAAAUUGAGAGCAAGUGUGGAAAAGAGUCAGUAGAUUUCAUGCAGGAACUUCUAAGAAUGGCCGUUUCCCGCCUACCGGAUAUUAUUUGUACCGGAUAUGGACCGAACAACGACGAAUGCACAACUCUGCUGCCAGAUGAAGGCACUCCACCUAAGGAAGGCAGCUCCGAUUCUGCGUUGUCUCGCAUCUUUAGCGCCUACUUUUCAAGCUGAGAAAAGCCAAGAACUGAUGAUAAGAAUGCAGAUUUAGUCAACCUUCAAAGGUUGUGUUUGGAACAGGCGGUGUUUUCAUUGUUAGUUUGUGUAAAUCAGAGUAGAUAGUUUUAUGUUUUUUUGUGUAAUGAUCUCAGCUACGUUCAGAUCCUCCCUUUUCCUGUAAAAGUUUGUUAUCAAUAAACAUUUGUAAGUUAAGAUA